GGUUUAAAGAGUCCUGUUCUCUGUCCUUCCUGAAGUCCCAUACUGUACUGUACAGGGCCAGACUGGAGAGACUGAUCGCAGCCAGGACGCAGCUCCUCACGCAACAUUGCAACAUCUUCUCUACUCUUUUCUUCUGUCUCUUGGUUCUCUGAGGGACACAGAGCCAGGGAGUUGGACAGGGACUGCAGCUCUCUCAGUCCCCUAGCAACCUACCUUCUCUACGGGUGAACCUCAGGACCUCUGCAUCCAUCAGCUCUCCAGAACCCAACCUAAUCCAGCAGAACUACCCCAUCUCACCCAAAAGGGUGACAGCAGAGUCAGCCAGAGAAAACAGGCUCUAAUCUACCUCUACAGGUCAUUGAUCUCAGCCCAGCUUUCUGGUAACCAGUACUCAUCCCUCAGAAGGCUCCAUCGACCAUUCCUCUUAUCAGCCCAGCGCCACCUCUCAGAUAUGGGGAACCACGGCUCUAACCUGGAUGAUAUCCUGGCAGAGGAUAUGCACCACUGGUACAACAAGUUUAUGAAGGAGUCUCCGUCAGGACUCAUCACGCUGUUCGAACUCAAGGGCAUGCUGGGUCUGCGGGGGAUGAACGAGAACGCUGCCAGCUACGUGGACCAAGUCUUCUUCACCUUCGACAUGGACGGGGACGGGUACAUAGAUUUUGUUGAGUACAUCGCAGCCAUCAGUCUGAUGCUGAAGGGAGAAAUCAACCAGAAACUCAAGUGGUACUUCAAAUUGUUUGACCAGGACGGCAACGGGAAAAUCGACAAAGAUGAGUUGGAGACAAUAUUCACGGCAAUCCAGGACAUCACACGGAACCAGGAUGUCACCCCAGAGGAGAUUGUGUCGCUCAUAUUCGAGAAGAUCGACAUCAACGGAGAGGGUGAGCUGACCCUAGAGGAGUUCAUUGAGGGGGCGAAGGGUCAUGACGACAUCAUGGAGAUGCUGAAGAAGAUGAUGGACCUCACGCCCGUACUCAUCAUCAUCGUCCAAGGAAUAGUAGUCUGAGAGAGGACUGGCCAACCACUGCCAGAGCCACUAUGUACACCUGCGCCCGGGGAGAGAGAUGACAGAAAGACUUAAGUCCAUUACAAACAUUUACCCCACAAACUAAUAAUUGUGAGAUUUUCCGCACAAUGAACCUGAGGGAAUGCGUUACCUUAUGAAACAAGACUGUUGUUCCCCAAUGAGGCUUCUAUGUCACACUGCCAGGUCUGGGGGUGGAGACAAUAUAGUCCGUACAUAGUGGAUCCUAGGAAGAGAAGCAGCUAACAGGGUUCCGAAUAACUAAUUAAUAAAUAGUCCCAGACUGCUGAAGACUGAGGCAUCCAGUCCUAUACUGCAGCCCACUAACCACCCACAGAUGACGGGAUGGAUGAAGGGAGGAAGACAUUGAGAGACCCUUUUUCAACACCAUCACAACAAACAAACUGAAUGAAAGAGAACAUUUAAAGGGACAGCUAUGGAGAGCGGUAAAGAUACCAUCUUCACAUUCUACCUGUUUGUGUUUGCUCUCUGACCACUCAGCAAGAUGAAGACUUGGAUUCUGAGAGAGAGAGAGAAUUCUCUAUCAUAAAUCAUCACUAUAGGGCCAGGACUAUUCCUGACCAUUUGACCGCGACAAGGAGAUGCUUUGGGCUUUAAUUAUAGGCUAUGUUGAGGAGUCAGGUCACAUGGUCAGGUAAAGGUCUUGUGUCGAAUCAUCUCCUCUGUAGGUAUGACCAUUAACAGGCACAGAUAGAGACCCUAGGGGUUCUGAAGUGCCUGCCCCUUUUCCCUCCUUUCGAUUGGUGGAAUUACUUUGUUCUUUUUUUCCCAGCCCUAUCCCCCUCUUGAGACACCAGGAGAGCCGAGAGCGUCAUGUUGCCAUUUUUAAAGUCACGCACCCUCCCCCCGUCCUUGACCUUUCCUUAAUAAGUCUAUAUUACACAGAAUCUUAUUAUCACAAACAGAAUUUGUGUUAUAAGAGGUUUUAAGAGGUAAUUUCUUGUCCCUGCACCUCAUUCAUCACCAGUCAUUCACACUCCGUCAGCCUGCCCAGCUGAUGGCCCAUCGAAACUGCACCUAAACUAUAUCGAAACUAAUUUCACGCAUAUAAUAAUAGAAUUAGCCUAAAGACAAGAUUACAUUGACAAUAGUCUGAUGGGUGACAAUAUUAUCAAUUGUCAAAUUGUAUAUGAAGAGAUGGGCGCAUCUUGGAAUUGACACAGAGGCAGGGAGCGCUAAAAAGUCCCUUUUUCAAACCCUUCUGCAGAGUUACAUGCAUGUAAGAUGUUUUGAUGUCUAUGUAGUAUUAGAAAGAGCAGAUUCUGCAGUUUCUUAUACAAUUACCUUUGUCAAAUAAUGCUGCAAAUGUACUGUACAUACACAGUUUAUUAGGUACACCCAUCUAGUACUGGGUCGGGACCCGCCUUUGCCUUCAGAAUAGCCUGAAUUCUUCGGGGAAUGAAUACUACAGGUCGGAAACUUUCCACAGGGAUGUUGUUCAUGCUGAGGCGAUGGCAUCAUGCAGUUGCUGUAGCUUGGACAGUGGUACACCACCACCCGCCUGUACCGUUGACAUCAGGCAGGAUGGGUCCAUGGACCAUGCUGCUUACGCCAAGUCCUGACUCUGCCAUCAGCAUGACGCAACAGGAAACGGGAUUGGUCGGACCAGGCAGUGUUUUUCAACUCCUCAAUUGUCCGGUGUUGGUGAUUGUGUGCCCACUGGAGCCGCUUCUUCUUGCUGGUAGGAAUGGAACCCGGUGUGGUCGUCUGCUGCAAUAGCCCAUCUGUGAGGACCGACGAGUUGUGCAUUAGCCUACAAUGUGUGAUGGUUUUUUUUUGCUGAAAAUGAAGGCCUAUGCAAAACAAUUAAUAAUGGUGAAUUUGGCAAAAGGAGAAGUAGAACACUUUGAAUUCAAAACCUGCUCCAUCAAAGAUCUGUGCACGACCCUGAUCACAAAUCAUGAAUCUCUAUUAUCAAUCUAGUCCCGUCUUUCAGGUCUUCGGUCUGUUAUGUUUGCUCGGUGCACACACACGUCUCUAUCAUAUCUAUCUCUAUCACUAUCUACUAAUCAUAGUAGUCAUCAUUGGGCUAGCUAGCGACAUGACGGAAGUAAAAAAUCAGAAGUAGGCUUUCAAGAUCAUAUCAUGAUUUUCCAAACAUUUUGGAGGCAAAGUAGACUACUACAGUGUAUGAUUUACAUAUGAUGUGAAAGGUGUGACUACAGUGUGACUCUGUAGUUCAUUACUUCCUGUAUGUUUCUCAGUUAUCUGUAAUACCGUUUCCAGAGCCACUGUGGAAGGAACCAAGAAUUCCUUUCAUGACAAUUUCACAACAAUUUCAUUAUGGGAAUUCUAAUGAAUGCUGUAAGUAUUGUUUAAUUUGUCUUAAAUAUCAAAUCAAAUCAAAUCAAAUGUAUUUAUAUAGCCCUUCGUACAUCAGCUGAUAUCUCAAAGUGCUGUACAGAAACCCAGCCUAAAACCCCAAACAGCAAGCAAUGCAGGUGUAGAAGCACAGUGGCUAGGAAAAACUCCCUAGAAAGGCCAAAACCUAGGAAGAAACCUAGAGAGGAACCAGGCUAUGUGGGGUGGCCAGUCCUCUUCUGGCUGUGCCGGGUGGAGAUUAUAACAGAACAUGGCCAAGAUGUUCAAAUGUUCAUAAAUUACCAGCAUGGUCGAAUAAUAAUAAGGCAGAACAGUUGAAUAUAGUUAAAUAUAUUUUUAUACUGAUAAGAAGGCUAGAAUGAAAGGCUUCCAAGUGUUGUAUCUAAUAAUUUAUGUUUUUAUAUAUUAUUAUAUGAAAUCGUAUAUUCAUAUAUUAUUAUAUGAAAUCAGAUUUUGAUUUGUCAACUGACAUCUGCAAAAGUACAACGGGUGAACAAAAUGCAUAUUCCUUUGAGCAUGGUGAUGUUAUUAAUUACACUUUGGAUGGCGUAUCAAUACACCCAGUCACUACAGAGAUACAGGCGUCCUUUCUAACUCAGUUGCCGGAGAGGAAGGAAACCACUCAGGGAUUUCACCAUGCCAAUGAUGACUUUAAAACAGUUUGAGUUUAAUGGCUUUGACAGGAGAAAAUGGAGGAUGGAUCAACAACAUUGUAAUUACUCAACAACACUGACCUAAAUGACAGAGUGAAAAGAAGGAAGAUUGUACAGAAUACAAAUAUUGUUUGCAAUAAGGCAGUAAAGUAAAACUGCAAAAAAUGUGGCAAAGAAAUCAACUUUUUGUCUUGAAUACAAAGCGUUAUGUUUGGGGCAAAUCCAACACAACACCACUGAGUACCACUCUUUAUAUUUUCAAGCAUGGUGGUGGCUGCAUCAUGUUAUGGGUUUGCAAAGACUAGAAAGUAUAGAACUAAGCACAGACAAAAUCCUAGAGGAAAACCUGGUUCAGUCUACUUUUCAACAGACACUGGGAGACAAAUUCACCUUUCAGCAGGACAAUAACCUAAAACACAAGCCAAAUAUAAACUGGAGUUGCUUACCAAGACGAUGUUGACUGUUCCUUAGUGGCCUAGUUCCAAUUUGGAUUUAAAUUGCCUUGAAGAUCUAUGGCAAUACUUUAAAAUGACUGUUUAGCAAUGAUCAACAACCAACUUCAGAGCUUGAAUAAUUUUUUAAAGAAACGUACCCAGAAAGACUCACAGCUGUAAUCGCUGCCAAAGGUGCAAAGUUUUGACUCAGCGGUGUGAAUACUUAUGUAAAUGAGGUAUUUCUGAAUUUCAUUCUAUACAUGUUUUCACUUUGUCGUUAUGGGGUAUUGUGUGUAGAUAGGUGAGAAAAAAAUCAAUUGAAUCAAUUUUGAAUUUACGCUGGAACACAACAAAAAUCUGGAAUAACUCAAGGGGUAUGAAUACUUUCUGAAGGCAUUGUACGUUGACUUCUAUUACAUAUGUGCAGUCAUGGCUACUUUGGUUGUCAGACUUGUGUAUAAAAUAGGAAUCUCUAAAUAUGUAAUGUGCGACUGCACAAUCCACCGACUGAGCAAAGGAACAUGCCCUUAACUGUGGUUGUCAGAGCCACAAAGUCAUAAUUAUGUCUAAUUAUGCCUGCCCAUUUCUACAUGUUUUCUUUUAAUCUUAACCACACUGCUAACCCCUUUUUAUUUAUUUUUUUAUCUCCCCAACAUGCUUGGAAAUAGAAGGUCAAGCCAUGAGUCCCCCUAAACAUGACCUGCCAAACCAUGCUUCUUAACACCUGCCCACUUAACCCGGAAGCCAGCCACAACAACAUGUCAGGAAACAUUAUUCAACUGACAACAGAGGUCAGUCUGCAGGCGCCUGGCCCGCCACAAGGAGUCGCUAGAACGAAAUGAGCCAAGUAAAGCUCCCCGGCCAAACCCUCAUGACCCUGGGCCAAUUGUGCGCCGCCCUAUGGGACUCCAUAUCACGGCCAGUUGUGAUUCAGCCCAGGAUUGAACCCGGGUCUGUAGUGACGCCUCUAGCACUGAGAUGCAGUGCCUUAGACUGUUGCAUCACUCGGGAGGCCCCACACUGCUAACCUUACAUUAAAUUAAGACCAAAAGCUAUUUUUUUGCCAAUUUUUACUUUGUGGCCAUGAAAGCUAGUGGAAAUCUUUAACUGUCAAAGAACGACUGAACUUCCUGAUUUGGCCAUAUUUUGAAGCUUGGUUAAGAAAUGCUAAAAAAUAGUUACCUUGGGGGUGUGGUUUGAUUUGGGUGUGUCUUUGCCAUUCAAUCACAACAAACAAGGGAAGUAGUGAGUACAGUGAGGUAAGCUAAGCGUUUGUAGCUUUUCUAUGGAGAGAUCAAAGUCUUGAACUUGAGGACCCCUGACUCGCCAUCUCAAGAUUGCCAGGAAAUGCAGUUCUAUGUGUAGGUUAAAGCCUAGUCUCGUACGAACCAUCCUGAUGUAAGCUCGUGAGAUCAAGAUGGUUCAUACCAGGCUAGGUUGAGGAGGGAUUUGCUGCUUAGGUAGAUCUGGUUGUCGUUGGUGUAGUAUUGGAAGUCGAGGUUGAAGUGGUAGAGGAUCUGACCAAGGGGGAGGAUUUAGAUGAAGAGUAAGGGGUCCAGCACACAAAAUGUGUCUUGAAGAUUAAUAUCUUAUAUUCUGAGAACAUAGCAACCAUGUUCUGUGUAUGUUUGGUAUGAUGUUGACGGAAUAUUAUCCGAACCCUCAAAAUUAGACACAGGAAUAUUCCUGCAAGGUUCCAAUGAAUACUGAAUACUGAAUACUGAAUAUUCUGAGAAAAUGGUAACCAUGUUAUGGGUAAGUUAUUUUUGACAUUUAGGGUAUGGUCUCAUGGAAACAGUCCUUUCACAUCACUGGAACAUUCCUAUGAAAACUUUAGGUAAUGACCUAAUGAAACUCUUAAGGGAACGUCUCUAAAAUCAUGAGAAUGCUGUUAGCUGGGGGUCUACUGUAUAUAUUUUUAAUGCAGACAUCUCGUGCUCUUGACUGCCAAGUGUUUUGUCUCACCAGGGGUGAUGGUCAGAUUCGCGUUUAUGGUCAAAGGAAUGAGCGUUACACCGAGGCCUGUACUCUGGAGCGGGAUCGAUUGGAGGUGGAGGGUCCGUCAUGGUCUGGGCGGUGUGUCACAGCUUCAUCGGACUGAGCUUGUUGUCAUUGCAGGCAAUCUCAACGCUGUGCGUUACAGGGAAGACAUCCUCCUCCCUCACCCUUCCUGCAGGCUCAUCCUGACAUGACCCUCCAGCAUGGCAAUGCCACCAGCCAUACUGCUCGUUCUGUGCGUGAUUUCCUGCAAGACAGGAAUGUCAGUGUUCUGCCAUGGCCAGCAAAGAGCCCAGAUCUGUAUCCCAUUGAGCACGUCUGGGCCAUUCCUCCCAGAAAUGUCCGGGAACUUGCAGGUGCCUUGUUGGAAGAGUGGGGUAACAUCUCACAGCAAUAACUGGCAAUUCUGGUGCAGUCCUUGAGGAGGAGAUGCAGCUGGUGGCUACACCAGAUACUGACUGUUACUUUUGAUUUUAGGUCCCCCUUUGUUCAGGGACACAUUAUUCCAUUUCUGUUAGUCACUUGUUGAACUUGUUCAGUUUAUGUCUCAGUUGUUCAAUCUUGUAAUGUUCAUACAAAUAUUUGCACAUGUUAAGUUUGCUGAAAAUAAACGCAGUUGAUAGUGAGAGGAUGUUUAUUUUUUUGCUGAGUUUACUACCAUACCCCUUUCAAAGGCACUUAAAUAUUUUGUCUUGCCCAUUCACCCUCUGAUUGGAUAAGUAUUCAACCCCCUGAGGAAAUACAUGCUAGAACCACCUUUAGCAGCAAUUAAAGCUGUGUGCCUCUCUGGGUAAGUCUCUUAGAGCUUUGCACACCUGGAUUGUACAACAUUGUCACAUUUUUCUUACAAAUAUUCUUCAAGCUCUGUCAAGUUGGUUGUUGAUCAUUGCUAGACAGCCAUUGUCAAGUCUUGCCAUAGAUUUUCAAGCUGAUUUAAGUCAAAACUGUAACUAGGCAACUCAGGAACAUUCAAUAUCGUCUUGGUAAGCAACUCUAGUGUAUAUGUGGCCUUGUGUUUAAGGUAAUUAUCUGCUGAAAGGUGAAUUUGUCUCCCAAUGUUCGUUGGAAAACAGACUGAACCAAGUUUUCCUCUAGGAUUUUGCCUGUGCUUAUGAAAAUGUGAAGAGUGGUACUCAGUGAUGUGUUUUAUUGGAUUUGCCCCAAACAUAACAAUUUGUAUUGAGGACAUAAAGUUAAUUUCUUUGCCACAUUUUUUGCAGUUUUACUUUAGUCCCAUUUUGCAAACAGGAUGCAUGUUUUGGAAUAUGUUUAUUCUGUACAGGCUUCCUUCUUUUCACUCUGUCCUUUACAGUAUGUUAGUAUUGUGGAGUAACUACAGUGUUGUUGACCCAUCCUCAGUUAUCACCUAUCACAGCCAUUAAAUUCUGUAACUAUUUUAAAAUCACCAUUGUCCUCUUAGUGAAAUCCCUGAACGGUUUUCCUCCUCUCCGACAACUGAGUUAGGAAGGACGCCUGUAUCUUUCUAAUGACUGGGUGUAUUGAUGCACCAUCCAAAGUGUAAUUAAUAACUGCACCAUACUCAGAGAUAUUCAAUGUCAGUUUUCUUUACCCAUGUACCAAUAGGUGCCCUUCUUUGCUAACCAUUGUAAAUCCUGCCAGGUCUUUGUGGUCGAAUCUGUGCUUGAAAUUCACUGCUUGACUCAGGGACCUUACAUAUAAUUGUAUGUGUGGGGUACAGAGAUGGGGUAGUCCAUGCAACUUAUUAUGUGACUUGUUAAGCACAUUUUUACUCCAGAACUUAUUUAGGCUUGUCAUAACAAAAGGGUUGAAUACUUAUUGACUCAAGACAUUUUUUAUUAAUUUGUAAACAUUUCUAAAAACACAAUUCCACUUUGAUAUUAUGGGGUAUUGUGUGUAGAUCAGUGACACAAAAUCUCGAUUGAAUCCAUUUUAAAUUCAGGCUGUAACAAAAUGGGAGAAGUCAAAGGGUGAGAAUACUUUCUGAAACCACUAAAGCUGUUCUACAAGUGGUCUCAGGCAGUGGGUAAAUAAUGAGCGUUUUCAAGUGGAACUUUAGUAACAAUGGUUUAGGGAAAACGUUCUGAGAUUUAUGCUCCUAUGAAGGUUCUAACGAUGAAAUUUGCCUUAAGAUGCUUUUGGGAAACUGGGCCCUGCACAGGUUUGACUGAAUAAGGUGUACUCCUCUGUCACGAUGUGAACCUUUUUGGGUAUAGCUAGUGGCUCCCCCCUCGCUCUCUCCUACACCCAGGUUCUGUUAUCUCAGGUCGUAAAUUCCUGGAGGAGACUCUCCCCCGGCCGAAAGAGACACAUAGAGAGAACAAAGGAUUUCACAUGGCGAACUCCUAAAUCCCCCAAAUGAGGAUUUGAUACAAAAUGUCCACUUGUGGGAAUGGUCCGUGGACACUUAUGACAGAUAUGACGAGUGUGUUUCAUUUGGUGACCUCAGAGAGGACAGGAAACACACAUGACUAUAUCUCUGAAUACAGUUCAGAAUAUUUGGCCAAGGAAACAUUUCUGGUUGGUCUCAGGGAAGGUAAAACAGUUAGGAAGGGAUACUUUUAAAACAGGAUUGAGUGAAGUAGCAGCAUGUUAAAGAGCAACUAAUGAGCAUGGAGAGCCUCACAAGUUUGACAAUGAGCUUUUACAGUUGAAGUCGGAAGUUUACAUACACUUAGGUUGGAGUCAUUAAAAAUAGUUUUUCAACCACUCCACACAGUUUCUUGUUAUCAAACUAUAGUUUUGGCAAGUCGGUUAGGACAUCUACUUUGUGCAUGACAAGUAAUUUUUCCAACAAUUGUUUACAGACAGAUUAUUUCACUAAUAAUUCACUGUAUCACAAUUCCAGUGGGUCAGAAUUUUAUAUACACUAAGUUGACUGUGCGUUUAAAAAGCUUGUAAAAUUCCAGAAAAUUAUGUAAUGUCUUUAGAAGCUUCUGAUAGACUAAUUCACAUCAUUUGAAUCAAUUGGAGGUGUACCUGUGGAUGUAUUUCAAGGCCUACCUUCAAACUCAGUGCCUCUUUGCUUGACGUCAUGGGAAAAUCAAAAGAAAUCAGCCAAGACAUCAGAAUUUCUUUGAGACCUCCACAAGUCUGGUUCAUCAUUGGAAGCAAUUUCCAAAUGCCUGAAGGUACCAUGUUCAUAUGUUCAAUCAAUAGUACACAAGUAUAAACACCAUGGGACAACAGCAAAGGACCUUGUGAAGAUGCUGGCUGAAACAUGUACAAAACUAUCUAUAUCCACAGUAAAAUGAUAUCCUAUAUCGACAUAACCUGAAAGGCCGCUCAGCAAGGAAGAAGCCACUGCUCCAAAACCACCAUAACAAAAGUCAGACUACGGUUUGCAACUGCACAUGGGGACAAAGUUUGUGCUUUUUGGAGAAAUGUCCUCUGGUCUGAUGAAACAAAAAAUAGAACUGUUUGGCCAUAAUGACCAUCAUUAUGUUUGGAGGAAAAAGGGGGACGCUUGCAAGCUGAAGAACACCAUCCCAACCGUGAAGCACGAGGGUGGCAGCAUAAUGUUGUGGGGGUGCUUCGCUGCAGGAGGAACUGGUGCACUUCACAAAAUACAUAUCAUGAGGCAGGAAAAUUAUGUGGAUAUAUUGAAGCAACAUCUCCAGACAUCAGUCAGGAAGUUAAAGCUUGGUCGCAAAUGGGUCUUCCAAAUGGACAAUGACCCCAAACUCAAGGACAACAAAGUCAAGGUAUUGGAGUGACCAUCACAAAGCCCCGACCUCAAUCCUAUAGAACAUUUGUGGACCGAACUGAAAAAGAGUGUGUGAGCAAGGAGGCCUACAAACCUGACUCAAUUAAACCAGCUCUGUCAGGAGGAUUGGGCCAAAAUUCACCCAACUUAUUGCGGGAAGCUUGUGGAAGGGUACCUGAAGUGUUUUACCCAAGUUAAACAAUUUAAAGGCAAUGCUACCAAAUACUAAUUGAGGUUAUGUAAACUUCUGACCCACUGGGAAUGGGAUGAAAGAAAUAAAAGUUAAAAUACAUCAUUCUCUCUCCUAUUAUUCUGACAUUUCACAUUCUUAAAAUAAAGUGGUAAUCCUAACUGACCUAAGACAGGGAAUUUUUACUACGAUUAGAUGUCAGGAAUUGUGAAAAACUGAGUUUAAAAUAUUUGGCUGAGGUGUAUGUAAACAUCUGACUUCAACUGUAUGUACAUUUCUCAAUUAUGGGGUGUGCAUCUAAUUCUUGUAUACAAUGAAUGAGUAAAGAUGAAACUAUGUGUGAAAUGCUGUAAUAUGACGUUAAACCUUUAAUGUGAAAGAAUUGUAAUUCCCUUUAAAGUUUAACUAAGUAAUUGGCCCGCCCCCGUGAGCACAGGCAUGAUCUGGCGUCAUGGAACCGCCCUUUUCUGCUGUUACGAAUAAAACCCCUCCUGAGGAAAUCCUCUUCAGACCACGUGUAUAAAACCCCCUCCUGAGGAAAUCCUCUUUAGACCACUUGUACCUCGAUGGACACAGGGGGCACAGGUUGAGUUUAGACCACAAAAACCUCAGUACAAGCUUAGGUUACAAUGGUUGUUGAAUUCCUAACCAUACCACGUGGAGCAUUGGCUACACGGGUGGAAAUGGUUAAACUCUGAGACUAUCGAGCCCGACAGAAUAAGAGCAAAUCUUAGAUACUAAUUACUAGUCUGCAGCUAGAAAAUAUGUCAAUCUGGGAUGCGAAGACCGACAACCGCCGAAACCUCUAUUCUAUGAGAUCCUUUCUGAAUGGUACUCUGAAGUACACAUUCUAACCACAAAAUACUUUCGAUCUUCAGGGAGGCAGAGAGAGAGACGAUGAUGAACUGACUCUCCAACAGAAGGACUGACGAUUCCAACAGAGAUCACGAUGACACACUGGGCGUAAAUAUAUAUAUAUAUUGAUUGCAAUUAUUCCCGAAUGAGUGAGCGUUCAUGUGCAAAGGAUUAGCAUUUCAAUUAAUAUAAUUAUCAACUGUGUAGUGACUCAUUUUGUCUUUCCCGCCGUUCUCAGUCCUCACCCACUUCCCUUUGUCCGCCAAGCCAUCAUAUCGGCUUAGCCCACUAGGGAACGUCCCAUAUCAUUUCCUUGUAACUAUAACUGUUGUUUGUUUAUGCAUUUCUGUGAUUAUUUAGUUAGUUAGUAAAUUAAUUAUUAAGACAAUUGGUGUAUGGAUGAUUCAUAGUAAAGGCUGGGUUCGUGCAGAUAAUCAACAAUUUACAACAUUUGGAAUGAGACUAACGUGAAGUAAAGAAUAAUUAAUUAAUUAGAAGGAUAAUUGAUCAGAUAUUAAAAUAUCUGAAGAGUUAUAUUAGGAAAAUUAUAACUUUGUAAUCUGAAUAUUUCCAUUGGUGCCCCGACUUCCUAGUUAAUUACAUUUACAUGAUUAGUUUAAUCACACAAUAAUAAUUACAGAGAAAUGAUUUGAUAAAAUAACAGUCUUCAAUGUAAUGAUGCCAAAGACACGAUACCUCAAGGGUGAUUAAUACUAAUUGGCACAGGUUUCUACUUUUCCUGUUAUGUGUUGUUGGCUAUGUGUGUAUUGCGUUGUUGUGAAGAAGAGAGACAAUGUGGUGGCACAUCUGUGGCUAGGUUUCCAUACAAUUGGCUAAAUAAAAUAUGAAUUUUUUUUCACCA